AGACGGCGCGCUCACUUCCGGCCGGGGAGCGCGCGGGUUGAUUCGUCCUCUCCUCGGCCCCGGGUGCUUGCAGCUCGGAAAUGGCGGGAUUUGGUGCUAUGGAGAAAUUUUUGGUUGAAUAUAAGAGUGCAGUGGAGAAGAAACUGGCAGAGUACAAAUGUAACACCAAUACAGCAAUUGAACUAAAAUUGGUUCGUUUUCCUGAAGAUCUUGAGAAUGACAUUAGAACUUUCUUUCCUGAAUAUACCCAUCAACUCUUUGGGGAUGAUGAAACUGCUUUUGGUUAUAAGGGUCUGAAGAUCCUGUUAUACUAUAUUGCUGGGAGCCUAUCAACAAUGUUCCGUGUUGAAUAUGCAUCUAAAGUUGAUGAGAACUUUGACUGUGUAGAGGCAGAUGAUGUUGAGGGCAAAAUAAGACAAAUCAUUCCACCUGGAUUUUGCACAAACACAAGUGAUUUUCUUUCUUUGUUGGAGAAAGAAGUUGAUUUCAAGCCAUUUGGAACCUUACUUCAUACAUACUCUGUUCUCAGUCCAACAGGAGGAGAAAACUUUACCUUUCAGAUAUACAAGGCUGACAUGACAUGUAGAGGCUUUCGAGAAUAUCAUGAAAGGCUUCAGACCUUUUUGAUGUGGUUCAUUGAAACUGCUAGCUUUAUUGACGUGGAUGAUGAAAGAUGGCACUACUUUCUAGUAUUUGAGAAGUAUAAUAAGGAUGGAGCUACGCUCUUUGCGACCGUAGGCUACAUGACAGUCUAUAAUUACUAUGUGUACCCAGACAAAACCCGGCCACGUGUAAGUCAGAUGCUGAUACUGACUCCAUUUCAAGGUCAAGGCCAUGGUGCUCAACUUCUUGAAACAGUUCAUAGAUAUUACAUUGCAUCUCCUUCUGUUCUUGAUAUUACAGCGGAAGAUCCAUCCAAAAGCUAUGUGAAAUUGAGAGACUUUGUGCUUGUGAAGUUUUGUCAAGAUUUGCCCUGUUUUUCCCGGGAAAAGUUAAUGCAAGGAUUCAAUGAAGAUAUGGCAAUAGAAUCACAAGAGAAGUUCAAAAUAAAUAAGCAACAUGCUAGACGGGUUUAUGAAAUUCUUCGACUGCUGGUAACGGACAUGAGUGAUGCUGAACAAUACAGAAACUAUAGGUUGGAUAUUAAAAGAAGACUAAUUAGCCCAUAUAAGAAAAAGCAGAGAGAUCUUGCUAAAAUGAGAAAAUGUCUCAGACCAGAAGAACUGACAAACCAGAUGAACCAAAUAGAAAUAAGCAUGCAACAUGAACAGCUGGAAGAAAGCUUUCAGGAACUUGUGGAAGAUUACCGACGUGUUAUUGAACGCCUUGCUCAAGAGUAAAGAUUAUACUAUUCUAUACAGGAAGUUUUGCAAAUUUCUGUACAUAGUGUGGAAAAUCUUUGAUGACUUUAAUUUUCAAAUCUUGUAACAUUUGCUUACAUUAAAAGUUGUCUAUCUUACCUUUAAUUGAAUAUUUUCUUUUGGAGAGAUUGUAUAUUUUAAAAUACUGUUUAGAGUCUAUGAACAUAUAUUACAUUUUAAAAAAGAACUUCUGAAAUACCACUGCAAUUGCUUCCCUUAAACAGUGUAAAAAAAUGCUUAGUUGUCAUAUGUUAAUUUGUGGUGAUAUGGUUUUUAAAACCUAUGCUAAACUUUUUCCAUCUUAUUAAAAACCUUUAGGUUUAAGCUUUCCUUAUCAUUCAUCCCACACUUUGCUUCUAAGAUUUUACAUAUGGCCUUUAAAACACAUUUUUUAAAGUCUUCCUAGUAAUCUUGUUUUUCAUAUGUGAUUUCUCUGAAAGGGAAAUUUUUCCUAGUAUGGAUUUGUUUUGUUUUAAAUAAACUCCUAUUAACUACUUAGGGGAUAGGAUGGGUAAGAGAGAGAAGGGGAACUAGAUACAGCCUAAAACCUAAAUGUUUGGCAUCAGAUAUUAAUUGAAGAUAAUUUAGAAGUUUGCCUUAAACAUUUUAUUAGUAUUUAUGAAAAUCCAAUUUGCCACCAUUAUUGAAAUAUCUUGCAUAAGAUGACGUAUGUAUCUGUUGUGAUCUGUUAUAAGGUCAUCAAGAUGUUAAAACCCAAAAAGAAAAAAAAAAGUAAUGAUAAAUUGCUUAAUAAAGUCUUUAUUUUUAUUGGGAUAUAAAUAAAUUGCUUGCUACAGAACCAUUGAAAGUAAAAGCUUGAUGUUCAUAGUGUAUGCCAGUAAGUGAGGUAUUGUAUAAUAUCAAACAUGUAACAUAAGUUGAACUUUACUUUUAAAAUCUGAUUUGUAAGACAAAAAUCCUAAUUUGGACAAGCACUAUCGUCCUUAGAUCAGCUUUCUAUAAGUAAAACCUGUCAAGCACAGCACAAGCAAAGUAACUCUGGAUGCAAAAUAGCUGUAGCCAACCAGCAGCAUAUCAGUGGCCUGAACCCUUAGAAUGAGGAUGCUGCAAAAGCUUCAAACAGUCCCAUCUCAGAAGCUUAUAUAUAGAUACAACUUGUUUAUUUCUGAGAGUGUGUGUGUAUAUAUACAUAUAUGUGUGUGUAUAUAUCUAUAUAUAUACAUAUAUAGAUAUAUACACACACACAUAGUUACAGAUAGAAUGAACUCUUUUAGUUAAGAUCCUUUCUGAAUCUGUAUGAAAGCAAUUUGUUUUCCAUCUAAAUUAGGUAAUUCUUAAUUUUUUUAUUGAAAAUUCUCAAUAGAUACUUAAAAGAUGAGCUCCAGGGAAUAAAAAGAAAAAAAUCAGUACAAUCUAAACAAAUUAUCUUUCAAUGUACUUUUUAUGUAGAAACUAGAAAAAGCCAAUAUGACCCCAUUUUCUUUUUUCUUUUUUUUUUUUUUUGGUAUCAAUCUACAAUUACAUGAGGAACAUUAUGUUCACUAGACUCCCCCCUUCACCAGGUCCCCGCCCCCCACAAACCCCAUUGCAGUCACUGUCCAUCAGCGUAGUCCCAUUUUCUUUUUUAAGCAAUGUUCUAUACUCAGCUCAUAGAUAAAGAUCUGGUUUAGCAUGAAUCUCUGGGAGUUGAAAGGCCGUACCUUCCUCUGGAGCUACAAGGGUAAAAAUCUGAUAGAUCUAUGCCUUGGAUAGGAUAAAUAGCAGGAUAGAUGUACAGGACAAUUUAUGAAACCUAAUGCAGCCAUUCUGUAGGCCUACUGGUAACUUUUCCACCCUCUAGUCAUCACCUUCCUGCCUUUUAUCAUACAUAUACACAUCUACUGUAUGUAGUUGUUGCUUUUACCUUUUCACUCUUCCCCCCCUCCACAGCACUUAAUUUUUUCCUUGUCUUCUCCAAAUUGCAUUUUCUCUACAUGUAAGUCACUUUCCAUUCUGAACAUGUUUUUUUAUCUGCAAAAUGAGGUAGUUCUAGAAUGAUCUCUAGGCUCCCUCCCUGUUCAAGUAUCUGUGUUUAUGCUUGUCACUUAUUCUUAAAGCUUUUAUACCAAGAUGUGAGUGUAGAUGUGGUAUAUGUCUAAAAUAAAGCAUUUUUAUAAAUCACAAAAUUUAGUUAUACAUGGGUUAGUUCAUGUGUGAGAGAAAAAAAACAACUUUAUGUCCCUGCUUGUUGUACCAGAGCUUUGUUGAUCUGAAAACUUACCGGGUCCACCACCAUCCUUGCCUACUAGAGGAAAGCCGAGAGCAAAGCUCCCAGUGCCAUAUCAGAUAGUGAUAUAGAACCAUGGACCUUAGAGGUCAGAUGAUUUAGUUCCUUAAAUUCAUCCUUAAAUUCUUUUGUUAAAAUUUCAAGGCCAGUUUAACAAUACUAAAUACUAAGGUACCUAUAAUUCUUUCUUCCAAAUGAAAUUAUUUUACAUUUGUAUAUUAUCUCUGUAUAUUCAUUGAACAGUAUUUCCUUUUUAACAAACAUCUGUAGUGUUCAAAAUGGUUCUCAGAGUUGUACAAUAUUUCAUGUUGAUGUGCCCAUAUUAAACCAUAUGCCUUGGUUUUUUUAUUAUAGACAACAUUCAAAUGAAUUAAUGUCUUUGUAUAUAUAUAUAUGUUUUUGUAUCUGUUAAGUCAUUUCAUUAAGAUAAGUUCCUGUGAAAGACAGUCAAAGAGUAGGAAUAUUCUUGUGGCUCAGUUAUAAUCAUGUCAUAAUUUUCCAGAAUGUUUUAUAAAUUACUAACAUGAAUAUGUAUACAGGUUUUAACAAUUUCAGUGGCAAGAGAUAUUGAUUUUGUUGUUUCGUAAGUAUAAAAUCUCAUUUAUUUUCCUUUUGCUUAAUGGGAUCCUGAAUAUUUUCCCAAGUUUUUGUGAAAUGUUUUUCCUUGUAUGAAUUAUGUAUUUGAUAUUUAAAAAUUUGACUUUUGGGAUCUACACUUUAAUUCUAUAGAUGGACAAUAGGUCUGGGGUUUCAUUUGCUAAAGGUCAUGCUGUGAAUUAGUGGCAAAGCCAGGGCUAUACCUAGGCUCCUGACUUCCACUCCUCCAUCUCAUCUUCCAUCAAGUAGGACAGCCAAAUCUUAAGCAUGCCAGCCCACUAGGCUCUUUGCAAGAAGGGCUUCUUUCAUCACCAUCUGGAAGAUAACUCACUUGCAUGACAUUGGCCCUGGUCACCAGACAAAUACCCCAACUGCCCUCUUGUUUUUGUAACUUGGAGAAGCAGGUUAUGAGGAAAAGGAUGUUUGAUCAUAAUGACUCAAAUUCUUGGUGCCUCACUUGAAAUACAGCUUUGAAGUUUCUCA